AUGACAGUUUCGGUAGAUCCAAACUUCAAAUCGUCGUUGCCUCCGCGCAAACGUGCCAAGACAGAGGAAGAGAAGGAGCAGCGUCGUGUGGAGCGUAUUCUUCGUAAUAGAAGAGCCGCCCACGCCUCCAGAGAAAAGAAGAGGAAACAUGUGGAAUACUUGGAGGCCUAUGUGUUGGCUUUGGAAAACAACAUGGCCACCAUGUCUGACAACUUCGCCAAGGUGAAGGAGUUGGUCUCGCCAGAAAAAUUUUCUGCAUUGUCCUUGCCCAAACUCGAGAAUUUGUCUGAGUUGAGGGACAGAAUCCACUCCAACUUGACAAUGCCCUGUCCUCUUUCCUCAAUGUCUGGUUCACCCCCUGAGUCAGCCGAGGUGUCCAUGUCUCAUGACGGUGAGCCCGACGGUGAUUUUGAAUCUACUGGUUCUGCCAGCCCUUAUUUUCCAGUCAAGAAGGAGCCCAUGGAUUCGUCCUUGGUUGCCCCCUCCACUGGCUUCUUCAACUAUUUGAGUCCCGUAUCCAUUAAUUCUCCUGUCAACUCACCCAUCAACUUGACGUUGAAGUCCAACGACUCCAUGUCGUCGUCGGAUUCGGAUUCCAGUCCUAACACUCCAGAAAUGUCCUCCUCAGUCUCUGAUGGCUUGAUGAUCGGUUCAGCUACAUCGGGUAUCGACUUUAUGGCGCAAAAUUCAGCAGAAAUUUUGUCUCCUAAGGUAUUGAUGGUGUAA